GUCAGCUGAAAUGCAACUCCUACUGGCUGGAAGAUGUUCUUGACCGUAGAGGAGAGGAAUCUCUCUAUAUAAAAGGAUAGUGGGCAGGGGUCUGCGAAGAGAGGGGUUGUGAGGGAGGAAAGGGCCCCUUCAGGAGAAGGAGGCUGCCGUUGUGUGAAUUAGAUGAGGAAACAAGAUGAACAAGAUCUGUUAACUCAGGAAGGGAUAGAGAGAAAAAGAAAAAAAGAAGGGAGAGUUAUUAAGAUAGAGGUGAAGAGCGAGUGGAGGGGAGAGAAAGAGAGAAAAGGAAGGGAGGUGAAGAGAGAAAGAAGGAAGGGCGAGGGACAGGCCGGAGCCUGUCAGUGACCUGAGGGGAACAAACGGGUCCAGGGCCCAGUCAACCACUGCUGCUGUUUGGGGCUACCAAGGAUGUUGGCGGAGGGAGGGAGGCAGGAAAGGGACAGGGCUUGAGGGGAAUGAGCGGAUGUUGCAGUGGCGGCAGCGAGGAAGAGCCCAGUCAACUGCUGCUGCUGCUGCUGCUUCUGUGGGAGGGGUUGCUACCCUGUGCCAAUAUACUACCAGCACUUCCUGGCCAUGGUCUUUGCCAUCAAUGAGCUCAGAAAGGAUCCAGUGCUUCUACUCAACAUCACCCUGGGCUUCAGUAUCUAUGAUGACAACCAGAAUGCAAGAAGGACCCACCAAGCUAUCCUUUCUCUGCUCUCCACACAGGGACAAAUGAUUCCUAACUAUCGAUGCAGCAGGGAAGACAAGCUCCUCUCUGUUAUUGGAGGUCUUGAUUCCAAGAUUUCAGGGCAGAUGGCACCCAUCCUUGGCAUCCACAAAAUUCCACAGGCCGCAGUCCACAUUGCACUGAAGAACAGGUGCACCUUGGCGAGACCCUUUAGAUGCCAAGAAGAUUAUUACAGGCAAGGAGACCUCAUUGUUGGGGGGAAUUUGCCCUUCCGCAAAUACAUCUACUACAGAUCUAGAUUUGCUGAGUCUCCUCGUGAAUGGCCUUCCUUCUACGAUAGGUAACUCUCCUUGUAGCCCUGUGCCCCAUUACUAUCAGCAUGUCCUGGCCUUGGUGUUUGCCAUCAAUGAACUCAACAAGGAUCUGGUGCUCCUACCCAACAUCACGCUGGGCUUCCGUAUCUAUGAUGACAAUCAGAACACACAAAGGACCCAACAGGCCAUCCUGUCUCUGCUCUCCACAAGAGCUCCAAUGGUUCCUAACUAUAACUGUGACAGGAAGACCAGGCUGCUGUCUGUCAUAGGGGGUCUCGACUCCAGAAUCUCAAGGCUGAUGGCCUCCACCUUGGGCAUCCUGAAGGUCCCACAGAUUCUUGACUCUUUGAGGAACAUCCGCUUUAACACGUGUGCUGGAAUGGAAGUAUCUUUUAAUGGAAAUGGCAAAAGAUCAGCUACCUAUGAUAUCAAGAAUCUCAUCUUCUUCCCCAAUCUGUCUUCCAUGAAUGUGAAAAUUGGAAAAAUGGAUAUGGGGGCUCCUCCCGGCCAGGAUUUCAUCAUCAACCUAGAUGCAAUUGUGUGGCCUACCCAGAGAAUCCCUUUGGCAAGGUGUGUGGAGAGCUGCUCCCCAGGUCACAGCAGAAAGGUCUCAGAGGGGAAGCAAGGUUGCUGCUAUGAAUGUGUCCGUUGUCCAGAAGGGACCUUUUCCAACCAGACAGAUGCAGUUCACUGUGGCCGAUGCCCAGAAGAUCAAUACCCAAAUGAGAAUCAAGACCAGUGUAUCCCCAAAAAUUUCCAUUUCCUUUCCUAUCAUGAGAUUUUGGGAUCUGUUUUGGCUUAUCUUGCUCUUUUCCUUUCUCUGAUCACAUCUCUGGUGUUGGCAACCUUCUUUAAAUACCGGGACACACCAAUUGUCAAAGCCAACAACCGAAAUCUCACCUACGUCCUCCUCAUCUCCCUCCUGCUCUCCUUCCUCAGCUCCUUCCUGUUCAUCGGCCGGCCUAGGAAGCUCACCUGUCUUCUCCGACAAACUGCUUUUGGCAUCAUCUUCUGUAUUGCUGUUUCUUCUGUGUUGGCAAAAACUGUCACGGUGGUUUUGGCCUUUAUGGCAACCAAGCCAGGAAACAUGGCAAGAAAAUUAUUGGGGAGACAAUGGGCACAUUCCAUUGUCCUGGCCUGUCCCCUUAUUCAAGCUGUUAUUUGUGCUUUCUGGCUGGUAGCCUCUCCCCCAUUCCCAAACUUGGACUUCUAUUCCCUGUCUGGAGAGAUUAUAGUGGAAUGUAAUGAAGGCUCAGCCACCAUGUUUUAUGCUGCUUUGGGUUACAUGGGUUUCCUGGCCCUCAUCAGCUUCAUGGUGGCUUUCCUCGCUAGGAAACUGCCCGACAGCUUUAAUGAAGCCAAGUUCAUCACCUUCAGCAUGCUGGUCUUCUGCAGCGUCUGGGUCUCCUUUGUGCCCACCUAUUUGAGUAGCAAAGGGAAGUCCAUGGAGGCCAUGGAGGUCUUCUGCAUCUUGGCCUCCAGUGCUGGUCUCCUGGGCUGCAUCUUCCUCCCCAAAUGUUAUAUCAUUGUCCUGAGGCCCAGUCUCAACAGCAGAGAUCAUCUGAUAAGGAGAAAGCAUCAGGGAACUUAAUACUGCAGCAUUCUCUUCAAUUUGUCUAGUUUUUGGUUCUGAAUAAGUAGUGUCUGACCCGCAAGGUUGUACUAUACUGUGCUUACUUUUUAACCAAAUUAUGCACCCAACAUGAUGCUCUUGGACUGUUUCAACUUUUUUUUAAUGUAUUGUGAGCGCCCCCUUGGGGACAUUUAUGCUGAAAGGCAUUAGCAACACAGACAAAGAUAUAUGAGUAAAAUAAAAUUAAAAUGUUUGUUAGCCUUAAAGUUGAAAAACAAGUCUGUUCUUCCUCUCACCAUACCCCACCAUACAAAAAGAGAUUUUGAGAGUAGAGGAUUAAAUCAUGCAAAAUGCAACGUUGGCAAUAGAUAUCAGCACAGUUGUUUUAACUGUUUUUUACUCUGCUUUAUAUUUGUGUUUUAAAUUGUGUACACCACCUAGAUACACAUAUAAAUAUAUGUAUCUAUGCAUACACACACACACAUACAUGAUAAAUCAAUAAUAAAUAAUGAAUAAAUUGUG